CCUCUCUUUCUGCCCUGGCCUUCUCUUCUGAGCAGAAGCAACUAUGGAAGAGCAGGAGGAGGCAGAGGAAGAGGAGGCUGACAGCAGGGCUGAGGCUGAGGUUGAGGAUGAGGCUGAGACUGAGGAGACCAAGGCAGAAGAAGAUGAACAAGAAGAGGGAGCUAAAGAGGCUGAAGAUGGCCCAGUGGAGGAGUCCAAACCAAAGCCCAGGCCAUUCAUGCCCAAUUUGGUGCCACCGAAGAUCCCUGAUGGAGAAAGAGUGGAUUUUGAUGACAUCCAUCGGAAGCGCAUGGAGAAGGACCUGAAUGAGCUGCAGACGCUGAUCGAGGCUCACUUUGAGAACAGGAAGAAGGAGGAGGAAGAGCUCAUUUCUCUCAAAGACAGGAUCGAGAGGCGGCGGGCUGAGCGUGCGGAGCAGCAGCGUAUCAGGAACGAGCGGGAGAAGGAGCGGCAGAACCGCCUGGCUGAAGAAAGGGCCCGGCGAGAGGAGGAGGAGAACAGGAGGAAGGCUGAGGAUGAAGCCCGGAAGAAGAAGGCUUUGUCCAACAUGAUGCAUUUUGGAGGGUACAUCCAGAAGACAGAGCGGAAAAGUGGGAAGAGACAGACCGAGCGGGAAAAGAAGAAGAAGAUUCUGGCGGAGAGGAGGAAGGUGCUGGCCAUCGACCACAUGAAUGAAGAUCAGCUGAGGGGUAAGGCAAAGGAACUGUGGCAGAGCAUCUAUGAGCUGGAGGCAGAGAAGUUCGACCUGCAGGAGAAGUUCAAGCAGCAGAAAUAUGAAAUCAAUGUUCUCCGAAACAGGAUUAAUGAUAACCAGAAAGUCUCCAAGACCCGAGGGAAGGCCAAAGUCACAGGGCGCUGGAAGUAGAGGCUGCCCCUCUCAAAGAUCUGCUCCUGUGUGCUCCCUGACCCCCAGCUCUGGGCCCCUCCGGGGCAUCUCCUGCUGUGAAAUGAGGAGCAGCCCAGCUGGGAGCUCCUGCCUGCCCACCACCCCACCUUGCCAGUAAUAAAAAGCCACCCACACUGA